AUGGCGCAGGGAUGGGACGACUACAGAGAUGGCACCCUGGGGACAGGCACCAUGACGGGCAUGGGAACGGAUACCGAGAUGACCCGGAGGAAGGACUGGGAUGGGCGCAAGCACCAUGACGGACCAAGACGGCCCCACCUGGGUAGAGACCCCGCGCCAGGGGCGGUGGCUCAGGGGUGCCCGGCGGUGCCCGCAGGCGCCCUGGGCAUCAUGGCAGGGUGCUGCUACCGCUUGAGCUGCCUGGCCUUCCUGGGGCCCUACUGGUACGUCUUCCUGCUCGACAAGACGGCCUGGAACAACCACUCCUACCUCUACGGGCUGCUGGCCUUCCAGCUGGCGCUGCUGGGCGCUGACCGCUACUGCCUCUACGUGCUGGAGCAGUUCUUCCUGCCCUACUCCCACUUCAUCACCCAGGGCUACAACAACUGGACCAACGGGCUCUACGGCUACUCGUGGGACAUGAUGGUUCACUCCCGCUUCCACCAGCACGUCAAGAUCACCUACCGCGAUGGGCUCACCGGCGAGGUGGGCUACCUCAAACCAGGGGUGAGUGCGCCCGGACACCUGGGUCCUUCGCAAGCCCCACACAGCCUGGUGGACCCGCGGGUGGACAUCGUGCAGGCUGAGUGGUCGCCCUGGCGCCCCACGCCCUGGCUGCUGCCAUUGCUGCUGGAGCUGUCACCCUGGCGGGCCCGGCUGCAGGCCCUGGAGAGCACCCUGGACAACCACACCGAGGUGGUCUUCAUCGCUGACUUCCCAGGCCUGCACCUGGAGAACUUUGUGAGCGAGGACUUGGGCAACACCAGCCUGCAGGUGCUGCGGGGCGAAGUGACAGUGGAGCUGGUGGAGCAGGGCAGCAACCACACGCUGCAGGAGGGCGAGGGGCUGCAGCUGCCUGCCGGGCAGUACCACAAGGUACACACUGUCUCCCCUGAGCCCUCUUGCUACAUGUACGUCUACGUCAACACCACAGCGCUGGCGCUGGAGAAGAACCUCACGCGGCUGCAGGAGCUGCGGGAGCGGGUGCAGAACGGCAGUGAGACAGAGCCGCUGCCCCCCGAGCUGCGGCCCAUCAUGGGUGAGCCGUUGGCCGAGGGCACCGAGGCCGACCCGGUGGUGCAGGCCUUCCUGCGGCACCAGCGGCGCUUGGAGGAGCUGGGUCGACGCCACAACGAAAGCCUGGCGCAGCGCUUCCAGCGCUUCCUCCUCAAAAAAUAUUACCUCUUCCGGCGCAGCGCCUUGAUGACCUCCAUCUCCCUGCGCAACCUGGUGCUGGGCCGGCCGCCCCUGGAGCAGCUGGCGCAGGAGGUGGCCUUCGCCAACCUGCGCGGCCAGGAGGAGAGCAGCCAGCCUGGCAGUGGGGACCAUGGGGCUGCUGAGCAGCUCCCUGAGCUCUGAGCCCUGGCUUCCCACCACUGUGCCAUGGGGGGGGCACCAAGCCCCCCCCCAAAUAAACUUUUUUUAAGCCCCUCACCCACACACCUUCGGUUUCUCCCUUCGCUAGAGCUGGCAGCAGACAUUGCCCCACGCAGGUACGGUAGAACCUAGCGUUUUUAUUGAGAUUUUUGAAUUAAUUGGUGAAAUCAAGACAUACGUAAUAAAACCUCCAGAAAAAAAUAUUAAGAGAGAAAGAGAAAGAGAGAGAAAGAGAAAGCCCCCCACCACCCUCACCCCACCAAGGCACUUUCUGGGGCAGUGGACCUGGGACGGGCACGUAAACAAGCCGGCUUCUCUGUACCACACCGGCCAAAUGAGCCACGGUCCCAAGCCCGGGGCAACCCCAGCUCUGCCCUCCCCUCUCCCCUCGCCCGUUUACAACCCAAUCCCCCCCAUUUUUCACCCCGGCAGGUGGGACCCGAGGUUUUUCUGUAGGACACCUCGGCCUCCCGGGGUGGGGGAAAGGCGGCCAGGAAUCAAGGUGCAGGGGGGCUUUCAGGAAAAUAAGAGCUGCCGUCUGAGCCCGGGGGCUUCUCUGUACUCACACCCCGCGCCUCAGGACACAAUAAAUAAGCCAUUAGAAAAAACGUUCAAGUAUGAAGGGCCGUUUUCCCCCCCCACCCUUCCCCAGAGCUGGGAAAGCCUUUCUGCUGUGUCCUCGCCCCUCCCCGCCAGCACAAAGCUCAAGGGUAGGAGGAGGGGGGUUGUGCAGUUGUGGAUUAAUCUCAGCUUUCUUAUAAAGAAAAACAAAAAAAAAAUUCCUCCGGUACCAAAGCGCACAGCCCACAGAGCUCAGGCCGAUGCCGGAGCUCGGCAAGCCGGGCACCGUUGGGCUAGUGCUGAGCUACAGGUGGGACAGAGGGGGGUAGGUUGGGUUUUAACACACACCCUCCCCCCCUUAUUACGUACGUCCUCCGAGAGAGAGAGACAGAGAGAGAGAAAGAGCUGGAAGCAGAGAGGUUAAAAUCCGGUGCCGCUCAAGAGCUGGGAGUUAAGAA